UUUUCCCGCGCAAUCAGAACCCUAGAGAGAGAAACAAAGCCCCACCCACAGUUCUGAGAGGUGAUAAGAACUAGGCUUUUCUAGAGAGAGAAACAGCAAAAAAGAGGGCUUUUCUUGAAUUUCAUAAAUUCUCGCGAAGAUCGAAACUUUAUUCAUCAGAUCUGAGGAUUCUUGAUUCUGAUUUGGGGGUUUAGGGUUUGGUUUUAAAUGGAGAAUUCCAAGCCUUCAGCUCCGGAGAGUGGUUUGAAUCCGGAUAUCGAAGCUCGAUUCAUUGCUUUUUGCAAGGAUGGAUUAUCGAUGGACGAGAUUACUAUGACUGAAGCUAUGAAGCUGUUUAAUGAAAGCAAGCAUCUUUUGCAGGCUAAUGUAUCCGUAGCUGUUGGAACUGGAACGCCUGAAGAAGCAGAACUUUACUGGUUUGUGUUUGUUUUGUACUCAUUGAAAAGAUUGAGCCAGCGAAAUUCAAAUGACUCGAUUACAGAGUCGGAUGAAAAAAGGGUUAGCUUAUGUCAGAUGUUAAGGGCCGCAAAGUUAAAUCUUGUGGAUUUUUUCAAAGAAAUUCCUCAGUUUAUUGUUAAGGUGGGCCCAAUUUUAGGUAAUCUGUAUGGCGCAGAUUGGGAGAAGAGACUUGAGGCAAAGGAGCUGCAAGCCAAUUUCGUGCAUAUGAGCAUUUUAAGCAAGUACUAUAAACGUGCAUACCAUGAACUUUUUCUGGCAAAGGAUACAAAUACUGAUAAGCAAUCAGCUGCUGGCGAUGGGUCAGACUAUCAUCGUUUUGGUUGGUUGCUAUUUCUAGCUCUACGUGCACAUGCGUUCAGCCGGUUCAAGGACUUGGUGACUUGCACAAAUGGUCUAGUUUCCAUAUUGGCCAUUUUGAUUAUUCAUGUCCCUGCUCGCUUCAGAAAGUUCAGCGUUGAUGACUCUUCACGCUUCGUAAAGAAAGGCGACAAAGGUGUGGAUUUGAUUGCAUCACUUUGCAAAAUGUAUGAGACUUCAGAAGAUGAACUGAGGAAAACAAUGGAGAAAACCAAUAAAUUAAUAGAAGGAAUUUUGAAGAAAAAGCCUUGCUUGGCCUCUGAAGUUAAAAUUGAAAAUCUUGACAAUAUCAGCACAGAUGGUUUAAUUUACUUUGAUGGUUUGAUGGAGGAGACAACUUUAUCUACUAAUCUAAGUACAUUAGAGAAGGACUAUGAAGAUGCAAUUUGUAGUACAGGUGAUUUAGAUGAAAGACUGUUUAUGGAUGCUGAGGAUAGUGUGCUCGGCUCAAGCAGCUUAUCUGGAGGUGCCAUAAAUAUUAGCGGUCCAAAGAGGAAAUUUGACUCAAUGGCAUCCCCAACAAAGACAAUCACAAGUCCACUUUCUCCAUUCCGCUCUCCUGCAAAAUCUGUUAUGAGUGGCAACGUUGUUAUCGGCUCCUCAAGGAUACCAUCUACACCUGUAAGCACAGCGAUGACGACAGCGAAGUGGCUUCGGGAUGUUAUAUGUCCACUUCCAUCAAAGCCUUCGGCAGAGUUGGAAUCUUUCUUGUCCAAAUGUGAUAGGAAUGUAACUCAUGAGGUUGUACGUAGAGCUCAUAUAAUAUUGGAGGCUAUAUUUCCAAGUAGUGGUGCAGGUGACCGCAGUGCGACUGGAAGCUUGCAGAGUACAAAUCUCAUGGACAACAUAUGGGCAGAACAACGUAGAUUAGAAGCGGUUAAGCUCUAUUAUAGGGUAUUGCAAGCAAUGUGUACAGCAGAGGCCCAAAUUCUAAAUGCAAACAAUUUGACCUCUUUGCUUACUAACGAGAGGUUUCAUAGGUGUAUGCUGGCAUGUUCUGCUGAGCUAGUUCUUGCCACUCACAAGACAGUAACAAUGUUGUUUCCAGUAGUGUUAGAAAGGACUGGCAUUACAGCUUUUGAUCUUAGUAAGGUGAUAGAAAGUUUUGUUAGACAUGAGGAAUCUCUUCCAAGGGAACUGAGAAGGCAUCUGAAUUCACUGGAAGAACGGCUUCUUGAGAGCAUGGUAUGGGAAAAGGGCUCUUCUAUGUACAAUUCUCUGACAGUAGCAAGGCCAGCCCUCUCUGCUGAAAUAUGCCGUCUUGGAUUGUUGGCAGAGCCAAUGCCAUCUUUAGAUGCAAUCGCUAUUCAUGUUAAUAUGUCUAGUGGAGUUUUGUCUCCUGUCACAUCUUUGCAAAAGCUGGAGUCAUCCCCAGGUCAAAAUGGAGAUAUUCGGUCUCCAAAAAGGCUUUGCACUGAACCUCGAAGUGUAUUAGUAGAGCGUAAUUCUUUUACAUCACCAGUGAAGGAUCGCCUUCUGGCUACCAACAACCUGAAAUCAAAAUUACUGCCUCCAGCUUUGCAGUCUGCAUUUUCAAGUCCAACAAGGGCAAAUCCAGGGGGCGGAGGGGAAACAUGCGCUGAAACUGCAAUUAGUGUAGUUUUUGCCAAGAUUGUAAAGUUAGCUGCUGUCCGAAUCAAUAGUAUGAUUGAAAGGCUCCAAUUACCGCAACAAAUAAGAGAGAAUGUGUACUGUCUCUUUCAGAAUAUCCUUAUGCAGCAGACAGCUCUAUUUUUUAACCGCCAUAUUGAUCAAGUCAUCCUAAGUUGUCUGUAUGGAGUUGCAAAGAUUUCCCAAUUGAAUCUGACAUUCAGAGAAAUCAUUUACAACUACAGAAAGCAGCCACAAUGCAAACCCCAGGUUUUCCGAAGUGUAUUUGUGGAUUGGUCAGCAGCUCGCCGGAAUGGGAAAACUGGAAAGGAUCAUGUUGACAUUAUCACAUUUUACAAUGAAGUAUUCAUCCCUGCCGUCAAGCCUCUAUUGGUAGAACUUGCCCCUGGUGGAAACGUUAAAAAGAGUAGCCAGAUACCAGAAGCCAUGAAUAACAAUGACAAAGGUCAAAUCCCUGGAUCACCCAAAGUAUCAAAGUUUCCCAGUCUCCCAGAUAUGUCCCCCAAAAAAGUAUCAGCGGCGCACAAUGUUUAUGUCUCUCCACUGCGAUCAUCAAAGAUGGAUGCUCUUAAUUCACAUAACUCUAAGAGUUACUAUGCUUGUGUUGGAGAAAGCACUCAUGCUUACCAAAGUCCUUCAAAGGAUCUCACUGCCAUCAAUAACCACUUGAAUGGUCCCAAGAAGUUUAGAGGCAUGCUCAACUUUGACGACGUUGGAGUGGUUAGUGACUCUUUGGUGGCCAACAGCAUCUACCUACAAAACGGGAGUUGUGCAUCCUCAUCCGGUACACCCUUGAAAUCCGAGCAACCUGAUGCCUAACUUUGACGCAGUUAACGUUUCGUAAUAGCAAUGUAAAUCCUAGGUUCUCAGUGUUUAUUUGGUUGUUACUCUAUAGAGGGGUUGGCUGAAGCGGUGUUUUAUUGUAUACCAUAUACAUUAUCCGCCACUAGCCCAAGUGCCGUCUGAUGUUGGAACGGUGUUUUCCUCCGAUGACUAAUGUAAUAAUGUUUUUAGUCUAUUGUUCACAUUCAUUUCCAGAAGUUAACUGAGGUGGGUUAUUAGUAGAGUUUUCUCAAUUUUGUUA